AUGGCACCUAAGAGUCAAUUGGCUAGGGAACUUGAGGAGUUGAAGGAGAUUUUGGAAAGAGAAAGAAGGGAAAGAAGAGAACAAGAUGCAGCAAGAGAGCAGGCUGAAGCAAAGAGGGAUAGACAAUGGAGAAGAGAGAAAGAGGCCAUGAAAGCUAGGUUAGAAGGCUAUGAGAAAGAAAGAAUGGACCAUAGGAGGGAAGUUAAUGAAGAACACUAUGAAGAUGAAGGAGAGGAAUACCAUGAAAGACAAGAACAUAGGGAAGUAGAAGAUGAGAUGGACCCUGAGGAGAGGAAGCUUGUUAGGAUUUUGAAGGUAGUACAAAACAAUGGAGGGAAAGGACAUGUGGAGGUACCUAUCUAUCAGGGGAAGAUGGAUAGUGAAGAAGUGUUGGGUUGGCUGGAUGCCUUGGAGAACUACUUUGAGUAUGAGGAGAUGGAGGAUGAGAAGAGAGUGAAGUUUGCAAAAACAAAGCUAAGAGGUACUGCUUUAACUUGGUGGACAAGUUUACAAAAUGAUAGAAUGUGUAGGGGAUUGACAAGAAUCACAAAUUGGGCAAGGAUGAAGAAUCUCAUUAAGGAGCAAUUCUUACCUUCAGAUUAUAGCAUACAUGAUGAGAUUGGUCUACAAGUACCAAGGACUAUUGGUGAAUGUUAUCAAUUGGCCAUUAGAGCAGAAGAAAAGGUGAGGAGAAGACAAGAAAGGUCAGGAAGAGGAGGUAAUACAAAUAGAGGAAGAGGUGGUAGAGGUCAAGGACCAAACAAUGAUGACAAGGGCAAGGAACUACUUUCAGAAUCAAGGGGUGGAUACAAUCAAAGAGGAGGAAGAGGAUUUGGUCAAGGAAGAGGCACAUUUAGAUGUUACAAUUGCAAUGAACCAGGACACCCAUCAUUCAAAUGUCCCAAAUGGAGUGAGGAUAAGAAGGAUAGGAGAGUACACUUGACACAAGAAGACACAAAAGGAGAAGAAAAAGAACCUAUCCUAGCAUUACCAAAGGUAGGAGAAUUGUUACUCAUGGGGAAAGCACAACCAUCACAGCAAGCAAGGAUAUUCAAGACAAAUUGUAAAAUCCAUGGCAAGGUAUGCAAAUUGAUUGUUGAUUCAGGGGCUUGUCACAAUUUGGUUGCUUAUGAUGUAGUCAAAAAGUUGAACUUACAAACCCUUGCACAUCCUAAUCCAUAUUUUUCUACAUGGGUCAGUGAAGGUCAGAAUAUGUUGGUAAAGGAUCAGGUGGUCAUUAAUUUCUCCAUUGGUGAAUAUGCUGAUAGUGUUUUGUGUGAUGUAAUGGAUAUGAGUUGUGGUCACUUAAUCUUGGGCAGACCUUGGCAGUUUUCUAGAAGAAUUAUACAUGAUGGUUAUAAGAAUACUUAUUUGGUUCAUAAGGGUAGGAUGAAGUACAUAUUAAGUCCAUUGAUCCAAGAUGGAAAAGACACCACUAUAAUGUGUUUUGGGAAUGAGUUUUCUGUACAAGAGCAGGGCACAAGGAGGACUGAUUUGCAGCGAUAUAAAGGACAGAGCAGUCCUAAUGAUGAGGGACUUUGGGAUCUGAAUUUUGUGCAAAUAGGGGCAGUGAAAUGUCCUAUUUUGGAGCAAAGAUAUAAGUGUGGUAAUGAGAAGUUUCAAGGGCAGCCUUUGAGCCAGUUAAGAGCAGAUAUACAGUCUGGAUGGGAGCAGCAAUGUCCUAGAAAUAGACACACCAAUGCAUCUUUUGUUUCUAACAACUUUUGUGAUGUGAGUAUAGGUUGGAAAAGAAGGACAAAAGUCACUUUUGGGGACUAUUUAAUCCCUAAUCAGAGGAGAACAGCAAAGAGAAACCAUACUUAUGGUUGGAGCAAUUCUUGGGACAAGAAUUUUCUUAUUGGUGGGGAGUAUGGUGCAAGAGCACCUAGGAGGACAAAUGAAGACAUGAAGAUAGAGGACAAGGAUUUCUGA